AAUCCUCAAUAACAAGCGCCAGCUCCGCAGCGUGAGUUCUCCAGCUGCGCAAUAGUGAGACUAGAAGGAGAUCGCCGUAUUAACAGUGCCAUGUCGUGCUUGUAGAAAAAUCAGGAACUUUUCUUCGUCGCUUAUUUUUGUUGAGGAUCCCGCAAACGCAAAAACAACAAACCAACUAAAAAACAUAAAAACAAAAACUAAAAAUUAAAACAGAAAUUUCGACCAAUCAGAGGCGCCGGGUUUGCCGCGCGGAGGGAUACAUCCCGAAUGUGAAGCCGAUUUCGUCUACAACACCCUUCCCGUCAGCGUCUGAGAGAAGGCCUAGUGUGAAAAUAAGAAGGUGGUGUGGGUACGCUCAGUUGUUGUCCUCCCAUUAAUUUAAGAAAACCAGCACCAUGUCGUCAGGGGUGACCGUCUCGAACGAGGCCAAGACGGUGUAUGAGGAGGUGAAGAAGGACAAGAAGUACCGCUACAUCAUCUACCACAUCAAGGACGAGAAGGUGAUCGACGUGGAGUCUACGGGUCCCCGCAAUGCCACCUACAGCGAGUUCCUCGAGGAACUGCAAAAGUUCAAGAACGAGUGCCGGUACUGCGUUUUCGACUUCCCCGUGCCCGUGCGAGCCGAGGGCGCCUCGGAAAGCGGCAUGUCUGUGGACCGGCUCAUCCUCAUGACCUGGUGUCCGGAGAGCUCCAAGAUCAAGAUGAAGAUGCUGUACUCGAGCAGUUACGACGCCCUCAAGAAGGCCCUGGUCGGCAUCUACAGAUACGUCCAGGCGUGUGACUUUGAAGAGGCCAGCAAGGCCACUAUAGAUUCAUGCUUUAAGUGCGGGAACAAGUAGAUCGGAAAGGGGAGACGAAGAAACGGAAAUACACGCAGGAUGCGCCUCCUCCCUUCCCCUCCACACCCACCCCUCCCUCUCCCCCCACCCCGAGCCUUUUUUACUCCCCUGGAAACCCGUCCUGCCUCAAGGAUAUGAGAAAGGAUUUGUGGACAAACAAAAGAAACCAAGGGGUCUUGGGAAGUGGAAAACUGUCCAAGCGCCCCACCGAGGAAGACAGAACAAUUUCUUUGUACGCUUCGAUCGUUUCUUGUUGUUUUUUUCUACCUUGUCCUUUUCUACCCGACGAAGCUGGCUUUGACCUUACCCUUUGUUUUGUAUGCGUGUUGUGAAAGAAUUACAGGUUGUUUGUUGGGUCUGCAAUCGCCGACUGUCUGGUUAGUGUGUGGUAAAGAUUUCUGCAGCGCUUCUUUGCGCGCUGGCUGCCAGUGUUUCCUUUUUUUUUUUUUUUCUGGAAAAAUGAAAAGUGAAGGUGCAAAAGAUUUUGCAAAGCUUGGGAGGGAACGGUGUGAGGGCUUCAUUAACGGUUUUUUGCCACAGCGUGGUUUUUGUAUUUUUUUUUUUUUUUUGUGUAUUGGGACGGUUUUUUGCGUUCUUCUGUUUUUACUUUGAUUAUCCUGCGUUAGUGUGUUAAUUGCUAACUAUUUAUUGAAUCACUAGGUUUUUCCUUUGCGAUGCAUGAAACCGGCCUUUUUUUUUUCUAACUUGUUUGGCUCUUAGUAUUUUGAAACAAUUUUUUAUGCCUUUUUUUUUUUUUUUUUUUUAGAAUGAAAUGACGCCUCAGUUUGAAAACGCGAGUUUUGGACGCUUACCUUCUCUCUAUACUUGAGUGCAUGCAACAUCAUGAUGGUGUCCCGUUUUAGUAUGUAUACAAAAGUGCAUGCAACUUAUUUGCAGGGGAUCUUUUUUUUUUUUCUAUUGCUGGCCAGCUUCUCACUUCUUCCCCCAUUGAUGAAAAAACAUAACUUGUCAAUUUGCGAUAUCUUCUGUCCCUGUGUAAAAUCUGCCCAAACCCAAGACAAUAAAUUUUUUGAAAAUUUUU